AUGGACAAGGACGCAUUGGACCUUAAAUUGAGAUUAAUCAGAGAUGCCCUGGAAAAGAACGCCAAACCCGCUUCGGGCAAACCCACGAAUACUCUAGGGCAGCGAGUUAUUACUAAAUGGAGGUAUAGAAAGAAACCUCAUAACGGCAGUUCAAUGCUCCCUGAAAAAUGUAAGAACCGUGUACAAUUGUUCGAUGAUUUGGUACAGCAAAGCUCUAAUGAAUUUUCUGGGUUCCGACUUCAUGACUUGCAGGCGCUCUUGGAAAAGAUACGCCUGAUUCAAAAUUAUACAAGGCUCUUGCUCGUUGAAUGGGACGCCCGAUGGGUUAAUCCGCUAACUUUAGCGUCUAAGGGUUGGAAGCCAUACCAGGGACAAUCGCAGUCGCAAGCGGUAUUUAAGUGUUGUUGUUGUCAUGCCAUUAUGACAAUUCAGUCAUCUAAGAAUGGCGAUGAUGUCACUGGCCACAACAAGAAGCUGAAUGAAAAAAUCUGGAACUCAAAUAUUAUUGGCAACCAUCUUCGUGAGUGUCCAUGGAGAAAAAAUCAGUUUGAUCUAAACAAAGGAUACUAUUUGAACUCACAAAAUCUUAUAAUGGACAUCGAGAGAAUUCACACAAGUAUUGACAAAAUUUCAUCCGGAUCAAAAGAGUUUUAUAUUAAGAGAAAUUCUUCUCGUAUAUUUCAUUAUCUAACAGAAAGAGAAAUGCAGAAAUUGGCUCAUUUUUUUAAUUGCAAGGACUAUUCUCUCGUCGGAUUGUUGCUUCUCGGCUACAUGAAAUUCCAGGAAGACAAUCUGGUUCAAUGCACAGCUUGCUUCCACCGGGCGUCUAUCAAAGGGCUAGAACAUACGGAUUUCAAUGGACAUGCUCUAUGGUGUCGAUUUUACAAUAAAGAGUUCUUGCCUAAAAUGUUGCUGGAGUUGAUCCCCGGAGAAAACAACGCACUAACAAGAAUAGGCGUGGGGGAAAGACUAGACAAAUUAGAGACUGUUUUACAGAAUUUAUAA